GUAGUCACUCCCUGGAUCCAGGCAAGAUCGGGGAGGAGUCUGUGCCGUGGUCCCACCCCUUUUCCAGUAAACUGCUGUUGCUACAAAUUCCGUGGCAGGAUUUCGAAGUGCCAGGAGCAGCUAGCUGUACUCCCGAGCUUUCCCCAUGGUUUCGGUGACCAGAUCGGUGUUUGGGGAGCUGCCCUCGGGGGCAGGGACAGUGGAGAAGUUCCGGCUGCAGUCAGACCUGCUGAGAGUGGACAUCAUUUCCUGGGGCUGCACCAUUACGGCCCUGGAGGUCAAAGACAGGCAGGGCAGAGCCUCAGAUGUGGUGCUUGGCUUUGCCGAGUUGGAAGGCUACCUCCAGCAGCAGCCCUACUUUGGAGCAGUGGUCGGCAGGGUGGCCAACCGCAUUGCCAAAGGGACAUUCACGUUAGACGGGAAGGAGGUCAAGCUGGCCAUUAACAAGGGGCCCAACAGUCUGCAUGGAGGCAUCAGAGGGUUUGAUAAGGUCCUCUGGACCCCGCAGGUGCUGUCGAAUGGCGUCCAGUUCUCACGGGUCAGUCCAGACGGUGAGGAAGGUUACCCCGGGGAGCUGAAAGUCUGGGUAACAUACACCCUGGAUGGUGGGGAGCUCGUGGUCAACUACCGAGCUCAGGCCAGUCAGACCACGCCAGUCAACCUGACCAACCAUUCUUAUUUCAACCUGGCUGGCCAGGGCUCCCCAAAUAUCUAUGACCACGAAGUCACUAUAGAAGCUGAUGCUUUUUUGCCUGUGGAUGAGACCCUGAUUCCUACAGGAGAGGUUGCGCCAGUGCAAGGAACUGCCUUUGACCUGAGGAAGCCAGUGGAGCUUGGGAAACACCUGCAGGCGUUCCACAUCAGUGGCUUCGACCACAAUUUCUGCCUGAAGGGAUCUAAAGAAAAGCACUUUUGCGCUCGGGUCCGCCAUGCUGGAAGCGGGCGUGUACUGGAAGUGUACACCACCCAGCCCGGGGUUCAGUUCUACACGGGCAACUUCCUGGACGGCACCCUGAAGGGCAAGAGUGGAGCAGUCUACCCCAAGCACUCCGGUUUCUGCCUCGAGACCCAGAACUGGCCUGAUGCAGUCAAUCAGCCUCACUUCCCCCCUGUGCUGCUGAGGCCUGGUGAGGAGUAUGACCACACCACUUGGUUCAAGUUUUCUGUGGCUUAAGGAAGUACAAAGAUAUAACCUGCUCCAGAACCAGACUGGGAGCUCCAUCAGCUGCUGCCUGUCUUCUAUUCAGAAAUGAGAUGAAGAUUUAGAGGCAUUGUUAAAAUGAUCCUGUGAUUUAAAAUCACACAAAUGGUCGCUGUCAUAUCAAUCAAUAACCAAUCUGAAUAUUGAUUCCCUUCCCAAUGACUGGCUCCAGGUCUAAUGACCAGCUCUAUUCUGUGUUGUUAAGAGGACCCAACUACCAAUCAUCAUCCAGGCUCUAAUCCUAGCCCAGAAAUGGCACCUGGACCCCCAUGCUCCACGAGCUCUAUCUCACCACUGUGCCUUUCUUUUCUACUUUUCACCCCUUUUGAGUCUACUCUCUCAUUCCUCUUUUUCCCUUUUUACAAAAAGCAUCCGCCUAAGUUUAACUGUCUCUGAGCCUUGUAAGUGGUGUGACUCAAAGUACAAGAAUCUGUCAUUUUGAUUCUCUGCCUUUGAAGUUAACUGAGAAAGCCCAGCCCAGACCAGCCAAGGUACAGAAGAAAGGAAGCCGUUGGGAGUCAGCUGUGUCUGUGAGGGCAGGACCUUCCAUGGUGAUUGCACGCCACACCUGCAAGAGGUCGUGCUAUGAAGAUGAGGCUGGGCUCCCUGUUUUCCUGAAGAGCUGAAUCAUCGGUGAUGGGUAUGGGUUGGUGGCUUUUAAAGAAAUGUUUUUUAUAUACUAGCAAUUAGUUGAAAUUAAAGCAACAAAAACCCCGCACCUUCAAAAACUCCGUUUCUUCACUUCUUUAAACUUGUUAGGCAUGGAUCUUUACUAAGUGGACUAAGUAUAUGACAUGUUCUAGAUUCUACAAUGGGCUCCCAUACAAGCCCCAGCGUCUUCCUAGGGGAAAGCUACCUAACUGGUGGCCAACUGAACUUCCCAUUCUUCCUCUCUCUUAGCAACCAAAACCAAAUGAAAAUGGUGUUUUUCUUAAUUCAUUUCAGCAUGGAUUUUCUGAGUAUCUUUUUUGCAUAGUUCUCUGCUGGGUCCUUUAAGCGAAUCAAGAGGUAAUGAUGCCUAAGACAUAGUAUGUUCCCCCGGGAUAUCCCAGUCUCCCUGGGAGAGCUGAGACUAACAGUAGCAACCCAAUGAUGUAGAAUUACACAGCACAGCUGGGAGCCCUGAACUAGUAUUGUACUUUGCUUCUUCUGACACUUACUACAUAGGCAAACCAUUUAAUUUCACUUGAGGUCUGUUUUCUCACUUGCAAAGUACUUGGUUUUCCUCUGUUCUAAAAAAAAGAAUUGUUUUUACUAUAAGCCUAGCCAAGAGUAGCUCAAAUAAGGAUAUUCACCUGUAGGGCAGUUGAAAUAAGUUACUGGUAUUUGAAUAAUGUUUAUGAAAGACAAUAAAAAGUUGAAGUUUGACUGUCAAGCCGUAAGUCUGACGAAAGUAAAAUUUCAGAGAAAUUGAUCUUUUGAAGCAGCAACCAGUCUAUUCAUUUUCCUGACACACACACAUAAAAGAGAACUUUGAUGUGCUUGAGAAAAGACACUAUAUAGUUGUAAGACACGUGGGAGUAUAACUGUAGCAUUUUAUGAUAAAACCACAAAAGCUGUCAGCCAGAAACGAUUUU